AUGGUCAGUUCGCGCCAUAGAUUUGUUCGCAACUUGGACAUUUCGGAGGAGCUGCUGGCCGAUCCUGUCUCGUCCGAUGAAUAUGAUGACGCACCCGAAAGCUAUCCUGGGAUUACGCCUGAACAGAAAGCGCAGAUGGAUUCGGGUCUAGUUCAUGUGCGCUCGCUCCUGGGUCCCGAAAUUCUGGUCUCAGAUCGGCACAUACGGGAAGCGCUUUGGGAUAGUUAUUUCGAUGUUGAUGGGACCGUCGACUGGUUUCUAACGAAACAUGAGGAAGAUAGGGUGGAAGCGGAACGUCAAGAGAAGGAGAAGCAGAAAGCACUGGUACGGGAAGCUCCCCCAUUAUCCGCCCUUCAACGUUUGUCACUUGCUAGCCGGGAUAAUCGUGCGAACAAAGAUAAGGUCUCCCUGGCGUCCCUCGCUCGGAAGACGCAGUCUUCUGCAGUGUCCUCUCCUCUGUCGAACCCUUUGCCUACACCUAAAACGUCCCUUCAAUCCCUUGCUGCAAUAUCCAAGCGACCUAUUCCUAGUCCUUCAGCCAGUCGGUCGCCGACGUCAUCAUUGCCCUCUCUCUUGGCGCAGAAGUCUGCCGUCUCUUCUCUUGCUUCCCAGGCGCCUGUAUUCAGCACUUCUUCCGUCCCCGCAGCCCGUCAAUCAAAGCUCGCUCAGAAAGUUUUAAAGUCUCAGGCAGCGAGCAAAAGUAUCAUCUACCAACCCCCCCUGUCUCAUACUUCGCCGAGUGUGAAUGUUGUUGCGGAGGAAGGAGUUGAGAUUGAGUCCUCACCGGCGGUGAAGCACGAGUUAAAUGUGUUUUCGAUCACAUCGUCUUCUGGAGAUGGGGCUGAGCUACAGGCCUUUAAUGGUUGCGCUGCUGUCUCGAUAUCAGAGUUUGCGUCGAUCUUGGUGCAAUCGCCGCUUUGGUCCCACCUUGCUACUCCUCCCCACAAGUUAAAUCCUUCAAAUUCCAGCGAUUCCUCCCAGUUGCGCGGCACAUUCAUGUUCAAUUCUCCCAGUCCUGACGAUAUCCGAGUCUUCUAUGAGAUUUCCGACAUAUUUAUUCCUGUAACAAGAGCAAAAGCUGCGAAAGCUGCGAAGAAGUCUACAGCUCCUUCAUCUUCUCCAUUUAAGAAGCCCUCUCCCCAAUCCCGCAUACUCAGCGGACAGAGUACGACUAUUCGUUUUGGUUCAAUGCCACCAUCUUCUACAUCGAGUCCUCGUCCAUCACGACCUCCAAGCGAAGGACCGUCUAGCCCUCGCCCAUCCUCGCCCAACACCUCGGGAAUCUCCCAAGAUGUAUCGGAGUUAUCGUUAACGUUCCCUUCAUCCCCUAAUGUCAACGAGGAGCCCGUUGCUCUUACGUACACCCAGAUGAAGCUCAUUGAAGAAGCACGGCAAGCAAUGAGAUCCGCUGGAAAAGUAUCUGCCAGUAUGAUUGUGAUCGGUCAUGUCGAUGCUGGGAAAUCAACGCUUAUGGGCCGGAUGCUGUACGAACUAGGACGACUCGAGGAGAAGCAACGCAUCGCGAACGAAAGAGCAAGUGAUAAGAUGGGCAAAUCAAGUUUUUCUUGGGCAUGGGGUCUUGAUGCCCUGGGGGAAGAACGAGAGCGGUUAAGGUGUCACGAUGGAUAUAACGCAAACGACGCUUCCGUUCCCAAAGUCAACUUGACUAUCCUUGAUGCUCCUGGUCACCGGGAUUUCGUUCCGAACCUGAUUUCAGGCGCUUCGCAAGCGGAUACUGCUCUCUUAGUUGUCGGUGCUGCCAUCGGUGAAUUUGAGGCUGGUUUCCAGGGGGGCGGGCAAACUAGAGAACAUGUGCUCCUUGUUCGGAGUCUUGGCGUUUCGUCCCUCAUCGUUGCCAUCAAUAAGCUUGAUCUGGUUGACUGGUCGCAAAGUCGCUUCGAGGAAAUAUGCAAUGCCCUUCGGCCCUUCCUAACUCAGUCUGGGUUCCAGUUACCAAAGGUCGCAUUCGUCCCGUGUGCUGCUAUGAAAGGAGUCAACUUGACCGAAAACAACAACGGAAGCCUCAAAGCAUGGCACGAAGGUCAAACGUUAGCAGAAAUUCUAGAUCGAAUUACCCCACCGUCUCGGGAUAUUGAAGGGCCGAUACGCUUCCCAGUCUCGAAUGUCUUCCGAGGUGGUAUAGGCAGCAUUUCUGCGGGUUUGGGUGUGUCUGGACGUCUUUGCACCGGUGUACUCCAGGUGGGCGAGAAGCUGCGUGUUCUGCCCGGUGACGAAACUGCAACCGUUCGAAAAAUAGAAGUCGAUGAAGAAUCGCAGCCUUGGGUAGCAGCUGGGACGAAUGCGACUUUGUAUCUAUCUGGUAUAGAGUGGAUAAACAUUGGGAUCGGUAGUAUUCUAUGUCCCAGCUCCAGUUUGGUGCCUCUGGUUUCCAACUUCGUUGCACAAAUAAUCGUUUUUGACAUAUCGCUCCCAAUCACCCCUGGAACAACUAUCGAGCUUUUCCACCAAUCCAGAGAUAUGCCUGCCACAAUCACGAAACUCAUCGAAACCAUCGAUCGUGCAACGGGAGUUGUCAUUAAAACGCGACCGCGAGUGAUCACCAAGAACGCGUCUGCCAAAGUGCAGAUCAGUUUGAAAGCGACAUCGGUGCUUAAACAGCCAGUGGUACCAUUAGAAUUAUUCGUAACGAAUAAAGAGUUGGGGCGGGUUUUACUGCGCCGCGCAGGCGAGACCAUCGCAGCUGGUAUAGUCAUAGAAAUAACACCCUAA